AUGACAUUGACCAACCGAAAAGGGAACAUCCGAGGCCGCGAAUUUCCCACAGACACCGGCAUUGAUGGUAAUGCAUGCGAGGAAACCACAAAGGAUCAGCGAUGGGUAGGGUACCGCCAUCAAAUACCCAAUCCUGACACAACCAACCUCUACUCACCUCACCUCUCAUCUCCAAAAACGCAAAGUACAGCAGUUCUAAGGGUGGCUACUCUUCAUCAACAACAUCAUCAGAUAGUCGAUACGAAGGACGUAUGCGUGAUUCUCCAAAUGGCAAUUCUUAUAGUCCAGCAGGGGCCUUGGGUAUGGGCAUGGGAACAGAUAGAGACAGUCCUCGCAGCUACACAUCCAAGCCCUUAUACAAGAAGGAGAGAGAAAACAGAGACUACAAGUUAUCCUCCUCUAGGGACAAGUACUCGGGACAAACGUGGUGAUGAGCGAGGAGGUGCAAUGGAACGUUCAGCCAGGUUUGGUGAUUGGUCGGAACAUAUGAGUUCCUCAGGCAAGAAGUAUUAUUACAACUGCAAAACAGAAGUUUCUCAGUGGGAAAAACCACGGGAGUGGAUUAGUCGAACAGAAAAUCGGCAACGGCAGUCUAAUGAUUAUUCUUCUAGGUCAAGUCAUGAUAAACAUUCCAACUCGCGGUCAAAUAGCAGUAGCAGUGUGCGAGAUGGUAAAUCAUCGCGACAGCCUGACAAACGAGAAUAUUGGAGUUCAUGUAGUGGAAGUGGCGGUGGUAGUAGUAGAGAAGAUGUUUCUGUUAGGGAAAGAGAAAGAGAGAAAGAACGAGAAAGAGAACGAGAACGCGAAAGAGAUCGAGAAUCAAGUAGAGAAGAAGUGGGAGUGGAGCGUCAAGCUCAAGACAUGGAUAUUUCUCCAGGUGAUUCUACCCCAACUUCCGAACCUCUAACAUCUUGUACCCACGAUCCACUGCCUCAAGGUCCUGUUUUGUUGGCCACUGCAUUACCUCGGUUAACAUCACACCCACCAUCAACACCACAAACACCUGGGAAACUUAAUUCACCAACGCAACAAGGAAAUAGUAAUGCUCCAGGUCCACCGGUUUCGCUAGCAAAUCUUCCAAGACUCUUAUCUCAAAUCACAGGCAAUAAAGAACAACCGGAUAUUACACCACAAAAAGCACUACAAACACUUCAAACAGCUGCAAUUCUGUUGUCUAGACAACAGUCAGCUAGUGGGGACCGAAAUAAUAGUGGAAAUGAUGUAAUGGUCCCGCUAAAAGUUGAUACAAGCGGCAAUGUUACAAGCGAAGGACCACCUACUCCCACACAUUCGGAAACCCAGGAUUGUAUCGAUGCUCGAAAAUGUAUCCCUGGGGGGACGAAUUCUGGAGUACAAGGUUUAAGCUCAUUGCAAAAUCUUAGUACAUUAGGUUCCCUUGGAAAUUUAAAUAAUACAGGUUUACAAGCAUUGUCUAGAGUACAGCCUCCUUUAACACCUUCCUUAACACCAUCACUUGCUAAUCACUAUCGGGAAGAUUUAACGCAACACGUGCGUGCCUUUCCUGCUGAUAUUCUUGAAAAACAGGCACAGAAACUUAGUGAAGAAGCACACACAAUGGGAAGUUUGCAGUGUACAAGAGUAUCGGCAGAGUUAAAGACAGCACGAUCGAUAGUGAGGCUGACAGAAAUUCAGGCGACGUUACAGGAACAAAGGUAUAUAUCGUUGUAUUAAAAUUUUAUAAAAAUUAUAAAUUCUAUUAAAUUAAACCGAUUGAUUCUUUUAAAUAUUUUAGGAUAUUAUUUCUCCGUCAACAAAUUCAAACAUUGGAGGAGUUAAAAUCCCAAAAUUCCUUCAUGUCUGACGAUUCUUAG